GAUAUAUUUUUCUCUAAAUCUUAAUUUUUGUGACUAUACUUAUCAACAUGGAGAAUAUUCACAUUCAUAAUAGUACAAAUCUGACAAAUUCACCUUCGCCGUCAAAACAUUCUCAUCUGAGCACUCAGUUCAAUAAUCAUGAUGCAACUUCCGAAGGGUCAAUUCUUGAGAAUGUAUGGGCUAAGAUUAUAAGCAAUAAUGAUAGAAGAACAAAUGAAAAUGAAUGUUCUAACACAUGGGAAGAUUUGCCUACUCUUGACGAAAGAGACGGUUCGAUGGAAAUUCUUCAAAGAUUGCCAAGUUUAGGAAGAUGGAUAUCAAUGGGAGCUGAAUUUUGGGAACAAGUUUUAGAUAGUACUAUUCUACCUACUACUAGUACUUCAAUAAGCAAUAUAGAAGAUUAUAUCAAUAGCAACAAAAAUAAUGAAAUUGAAAGUGUUGAUAAGUCAAAGAAAAAAGUGGAAGGUGGUUUGAGAAAAGAGAAAAAAACAGAUGAAAAACAUUAUAGAGGUGUAAGGAGAAGACCAUGGGGAAAAUAUGCAGCUGAGAUAAGAGAUUCGUCGAAGAAAGGCGCAAGAGUUUGGCUUGGUACAUUUGAUACAGGUGAAGAAGCUGCUUUAGCUUAUGAUAAAGCUGCUUUGAGAAUUAGAGGUUCAAAAGCAUGUCUAAAUUUUCCAAUUGAGAAAGUUACAAACACAAAUGCAAAUACAAAGAGAGAAAGUUUAUUGGAUUCUAAGAAGAGAGGAUUAAGGGAAAGAGGAGAAUUUGUUGAAGAACCUGCAACAAAAAAGAUGGCAGGGUUGGAAGAUAUGUUAGAAAAUGAUGUUUUUGUAUUUCAGGACUUAGGAAUUGAUUAUUUGGACAGUUUAUUGUCUUCUUUUUAAUAGAAUACAAAAUUACAUUGUUAGUUUUGUCUUAGUUGCUAGAAACAUUAUAGCAAUUCAUUUGUUAUGCAUAUAUUUUGUUGUAUUUAUUAUCAAACUGUUGAAUUGAUAGUUUGGUAUAGAGCUAAUUAAUAGGUUCAUUGUUUUCCUUAAAAUGAUUAUGAACAAACUGGUGGCCAUGGUAUUAUUUGUUGCAUAAUCUUUAAUUAUGGAGUAUUAUGUAAAUUGUGAUGACUCAUAAAACUUGUUUAAAAAAUAAAGUUGUCGUAGAAAUCCUG